GAAUCACAUCCACGUGAUGUGUUUAUAGCAAUUUACUUCCCCUUUCAAUCCUCUGUACAUGGUAGCCGGAGAAUAUAUGCACAGUGUAGGAGCAGAGGUGAACAACUGACAACGAGGUCAUUCAAAAUGUUGUGGAUCGUCCUUGCUGCGUCCUUCGUACCUGUCGCGAACUGUGUUCAAUGUAUGUCACAGACGGGUAGUCCAGUUGACUGGUUUAUUGUCUACAAGCUGCCAUCUCUCAGAGAAAACGGGACUCAUUCAGUGGGUCGCUCUGUGGGUGCCUCGGUGCGUCAUGACUCAGGCCACUUCUACAUGGACGUCAACAACCCCACGUGGACUCUGUCUAAAGUCCUCAUGAAGAACCCGAAACACGCCGUCUACAACACGCUCCAGACAAUCUACCAGGCCAAAACUACUGAUGACUUCGCGUAUGUUAUGUACAAUGACAAAACUCCAGCUGGAAAGGAACCAGAGAGCGACGGACAUUCAAAAGGUGUAUUUGCUUUUGACAAGGAAGCGGGGUUUUGGCUGGUGCAUAGCACCCCUGGGUUUCCACCAAACCGUGCAGAUGGCUACAACUGGCCUGAUACUGCUCUCGUCAAUGGGCAAAGCUUUCUAUGUGUUUCUUACAGUUAUUCACAGCUGAACAACAUCGCUUCCCAGAUCGUGUACAACUAUGUACAAGUGUAUGACCACAUGGCCUCGGCGAGCUUCCUGUCAGACAACCCGAGUCUGGCCGCAGUCAUCAACCACAAACAUCCAGGACGAAGAACCGCCAACAAGGUCCAGCUGACGUCCAAACAGGGCACACCGUUCCUCAGCUUUGCCAAGACUGCCGCCUUCAACGACGAUUUGUAUUCAGCGUUUGUUGCACCGGUGCUGCAGAGUGGCCUGAUGACCGAGACGUGGCAGGAUGGGGUUGGGAAGAUGCCGUCCGACUGCAGCAGCAGCUACAAGGUGUACAAUGUGAAGGCUAUCACUCUACCAAAUGGUAUCGACUUCAAGGAGACCAAAGACCACUCCAAGUGGGCUGUCUCUAUGACGGGCAACUGGGCGUGCAUUGGGGACAUCAACAGACAGCUCCAUCAGAUGAAGAGAGGAGGAGGUACCGUGUGUCUACAGAAUGAAAAGGUGUGGUCUCAGUUCAACAGCAGCGUGAAGGCGUAUGAGCAUUGCUAGAGCAUCGGGAGACCCUUUUCAUGUAAAUGCGAUGGAUUGCAUUGCGUUGUUGCUCUUUAAACCUAUUACUUAUUAAUGUUAUGCUAUAUAGGGUUUUUCUUAUUAUAUCUGAAAUUCGGAGUUCUUUUUGGGAUAAUAAAAUCUUUUUGCAACUUUA